GGGAGAUCACGAGCAAAGUCUAUUCUCGUUUGCACAGACCUAUCACGAGCAGCAGGCGCACGGCCGCUCAGUGGAGGAGUUCAAAAAGGAGCAGGAAUGGGAAAAUUUGCGACAGGGGCUCACCGAAUCCGUCGGCGCCGCGGACGUCGCUGCGAGGAUAAUCACAACUCCGGACAUGCAGCACUUGCACGAUGCGACAACGCAAACGGCUUUUCACAAGUACUUGUCGAGUUCCUUGGACAGUUUCGGGGGUGUCGAACAAUCGGAGCAAUCACAAGAUCUUUACCAUGUUGAGAGGACAAGUAGCACUACCAUAGGACGUACUACUAGCGAAGCCAGACUAUCACUAUCCACUGCAAGAACGAGUCAGCAGCAACGAGCCUGGUCUGCGUUUUUCGACUCCGCCGAUUUGCUGCAAAUCGAGCAAAAUCCGGACGGCGCAGGCAGUUGCUGGGCUGGGGUGUUUAGCCUGUCGCUGGCGAAGCUACUGUAUUUACCGAUUGAAACACUGGCAGCCAUGUACCCAGUAGGAUCGGUCGGCUCUUCUACUGCAGCCGCUGGGGAAAAAUCCGAAAAAUCUGAUAUUGCUCAGAGGAGAAGUAUCCUCCUUUACGCUCUUUCACAAGAGGGCUUCGGCGAGACGCUAGCGACGCUACCGUGGCAGGACGCACUCAACACCGGCUUUCCCGUUGCGGAUCUGUUGCAUCAGGCACAGGAAAUAAUUCUUGAUCGUGGAAUGAUCAGUAGCACGAGGAGGGGCGAUCGCGAUGUAUUUUACCCGCAAAAUUUUUAUCCUGACACGAGCAGCGGGUCGGAAAUAACGACGACAGCUUAUUUUCACCGCCGCCUAAUCGCGUUUUUCAACGCCUUCCGCUCGGCCGACCCAGCGAAGAAGCUACCGGUCGACACAUUCGUGGAAACGGAGCAGGACCAGGCGGUUGGCGGGUCACUGGAAACUUUGGCCCUUAACGUGUUGUUGGACAAUCAUAUUAGCCACCAGAAAGAUGAACAAGGUCUAGAUGAAGAUCUUCACGAUCGCAGUGCGUCAGCUUCUUCUAGCGAAGGAGGUGCUGGUCACCAAAGAGAGAGAAAUUCCACCCCGCCACCAGAGGAGGACCAAAUAAACAUCAAGGCAACUUUUCAGCUCCUUCUCCACGCGUGCGCGCACCUAACGCUUGCUUUGUUUACCGUGUCCCGCAGUGCGCAAACGGCAGGAAACCUCCCGAACGGCAGCAAAAACCUGGAUUUGCGGGCGCGCUUACAAGCGGCGAGCGGGAGGGUGCGGGCUUUCGUCGAUGUUCUUCAGAAAAAACGAGCAACAGUAGAACAACAAAUGGAGGAGCACCAGACGACCAUUGUACAACAGCACCAGCAAAGAAACCCGCUUCUCGCACUCCUCCAAAUGCCGCUUCCCUUCUUCUGGCUGCUCCAGUGGAUUGACGAGCAAGUGGCACCGCGGUCCCGUGCCGAAGCAAUCGUGGUGGUUGGGAGGAAGGACCGACUGGAGAUCCUGCAGUAUUACCUCCACAACUCGUUGCGCAUCCACGGCGGCGCGCUUGACAAGAUCAAUUUCGUUGUGCACAACGCCAUUGACGAGGAAAUCCAGUUCAUCUCCUCCUUAAUCCAGCAGCACCCGCACCACUACGCCGCACCUUCGGUAUAUGGGAAGCGGCUUGCUAAGUUCUACAGCUUCGCGAACCUGCGGAAAGCAAGAGAAACGACGGUCUACGUGAAACUGGAUGACGACAUCGUGUUUCUCUCCCGCAACGCGAUCCGUGAUGUCGUGCGGGAGAAGUGGUUUCGGCAGAAGGAGGUGUCAUUGGUUAGCGGAAACAUUGUCAACCACGCGAUUCUUUCCGCGGUGCACAACGAAUUCGCGGGGGUACCGGACAUGUACGGACCUGUGAUUGACUAUGGAAGCGUCAGGAUCGAAAUCGUCAAAGUUGAAAUAGUUUGUCAUGCAUAAAAUUAAAAUGCAAUGCAGAGUAAACUGCCUCUAUUGCAGAGGACGCAAGGGAGGCAGAUUAUGGCGCUGGUAAGGGUCGGGCAUUGGGCUGCUGAUUAGCAUCACAGAGGGGAGCCCCUUUGCCCUAAACAGCAUGACAAACUGGCCUCCUGUAGGGACAAAAUUUGUCAUGCACCGACUAGAAACUGUGGGUCCAAUCGGUAUCGAUUUUAUGCAUUACAGGUUAUUUCAACCGUGUCGAUUUCAAUCCUGACACUCCCAUAUUGACCCGGCGUGGGAAACGGACGACGAGAAACGGAGAUUGGCGCGGAAGGAAGUAUUGCUGAACAAGGGAAGUAGUCGAACGAGUAAUGGUCAAGAUGAAUAUCAAAACCUACUUCAGUCGGAGCGGGACCGCCUGCUGGACACCGCGGCGGAGGAAGACGAAAAAUUCCGCAAGAGCCAGGAGAUGAAAAAGAAGAAACAAAAGGAAAAAGAAAUAGCUGCAACGACAUCAUCUUCUCCACCUGAAGGUGCUACUAGUAAUGUUGUGCAAGAGGUGGAAUCUUCUUCAUCAUUAUCACCUGAGCAGCAGGAGCUGUGGGCCCCGCAAAUUGAAAAGCACCCCCAGGGAACCUGCGUCUGGGCGCGGUGGGAGUGUGCCGAGUGGGUACACCGCAGCUUUUUGCAUUUUUACCACACUUAUCAAAUGCAAAAAUGUCUGGGUCUGGAAGAAUGCAUGUUUGUCAUGCUUGUCUCGCAUGACUCUUGAAUCUGUCAUGCACGUUUCCCAAGAGCUCCAUUUUUCUGUGAUGCAGAAACGCAGUUUGUCAUGCAGAAUAGGCAACACCUAGGAGCUCAGAAACUUGUCAUGCUAAGUCAUCACUUGUUGCCUCAUCAUGAGGCGCCACCCAGCAUCACAAGUUUCCAGACCCAGACACUUUUACACUUGAUAACACUCGAAGUUUAGCCACGGUUUACACGUUCCACCGCUACAAUUUCCAUUUGUACGGCUAUGGAAACCCGCGGGAGCGGGUACUCGAGGACGAGAACGUAUGACAGCGCACAACUCCCCCUCGUUCUUCUCAUGCAGAUUACCCAGUCCACGCUUUCCCUACUGUCACUAUUAUGCAUUACAAGUUCUGAUAGACUCCAAAUAGCAUAACAAUCCAGUGCAAAUUUGUCAUGCACAACCGGCACUCUUGCUGAUGCUUGUGUUGCCGUUCAUGCCAUACAAAUGAGGGGGAGCAGGGGGAGUUGUGCACUGUCAUAGAACGGCAACAGUUUCGUCGACACGGAAAUCAUCCCGCUACAGCACUCCCGCUGGUCGAUCAACUUUUUCGCGUUUAUGGCAUCGGAUUUGGAAAAUGUCGACGUGCAGAAACUAGUGGAGGACGACGAAAGCCAGUUGUCCUACGUGCAGCCCUUCCAGCUACAAAAACCCUCCAUCGCGGUGGGGUCGGCGCUCGCUGUGCACUUUAGCUACGGGAAACAGGACCGGGGGCUCAUGGACUACACACGAUUACUCGCGAGCUAUAGAAAUCUAACGUUCUACGACUAUUACUAGUUGUGAACAUCAUAGAUAUUUGUAAGUGCUGUGGAGUCUGCAAAUGCAAAGAGCAGACAGCUUCGUCUGGAUCUGGUAUGAUUUAGGUAGGUGAUUUCAGAAGGUCAUCUUUGUAAUGUCGGAGUUCGCGCAUAAAACUUCAUUUAUGAGAAUACAGAUUUUUGCGUAUAGAUAGACGUAUUGACUCCAGAGAAAUGGUGCUGAGUUCUUUUUGCACCUCGACUCGCAAGGAAGGAGAAGAUGCGUCGAGCUGCGCUGAAAGUAAGGACCCUGCAAACGCAGUUCCUUGGCAAAG